AAGCGUAGACCUGUCAAACAACACACGCCAUCUUGACAGCACCCUCAAAAUGGCAGAGAGAUGUGAGGCGCAAACCGAGUCCGCAGCGAGACGCGCGCUCUCCGUCGUGUAGAAGCGGACGCGUCGGUCUUUCCAGGAACGCGGGGUUAUGGGGCCGGGGUCCAGCGCGGCAGCACCGAGCCUGUGAAAUGGACAUAACGACGGCGGUUUUCAACGCGGCCAGAGAUGGUAAGCUGAAACUUAUCCAGAAGUUGCUGAGCAACAAAACUCCCGAGGAGCUGGAGGCGUUGGCCGAGGAGAAGACACAGGGAGGCACCCCCCUGCUGAUAGCCUCCCGGUACGGACACCUGGAGGUGGCCGACUACCUGCUCGAACGCUGUAAGGCGAAUGUUGAACUCGGGGGCUCGGUUAACUUUGACGGCGAGACCAUCGAGGGCGCUCCGCCGCUGUGGGCGGCGUCGGCAGCCGGCCACCUCCCCGUGGUGAGGACGCUGCUGAGACACGGCGCGUCCGUGAACAACGCGACGCUGACCAACUCAACGCCGCUCCGAGCCGCCUGCUUCGACGGACACCUGGAGAUCGUCCGCUACCUGGUGGAGCACAGAGCCGACAUGGAGGUGGCCAACCGCCACGGCCACACCUGCCUCAUGAUCUCCUGCUACAAGGGCCACAAGGAGAUCGCCAAGUUCCUCCUGGACCGCGGCGCCGACGUCAACCGCAAGAGUGUGAAGGGGAACACCGCCCUCCACGACUGCGCCGAGUCCGGGAGCCUGGACAUCAUGAAGAUGCUGCUCAAGUGCAACGCUCGCAUGGAGAGAGACGGGUACGGGAUGACCCCGCUGCUCGCCGCCAGCGUCACGGGUCACACCAACAUUGUGGAGUAUCUGGCCCACCAGCCUCGCACCUCCAGGGAGGAGCGCAUUGACGCACUUGAACUCCUCGGUGCUACGUUUGUGGACAAAAAGCGGGAUCUCCUGGGGGCGAUGAGGUACUGGAGGAGGGCUAUGGAGCUGAGGCAGCCAGGGGACAAAGUUGGGUCCCUGGCCAAGCCUCCGCCCGGUCCCCCGAUCCCUGCAUAUGGCUGCGCACAGGAGGUGAACACAGCCGAGGAGCUGGAGGCUUUAAUCACGGACCCAGAUGAAAUGAGGAUGCAAGCCUUGUUGGUUCGAGAGCGCAUCCUGGGGCCGUCCCACCCAGACACCUCCUAUUAUAUCCGCUAUAGGGGAGCUGUGUACGCUGACUCGGGCAACUUUGAACGCUGCAUCAGCCUGUGGAAAUACGCUUUAGACAUGCAGCAGAGCAACCUAGACCCCCUCAGUCCCAUGACCGCCUCCAGUUUCCUUUCCUUCGCAGAACUCUUCUCUUUUGUUCUUCAAGACCGGGCCAAAGGCACCUUGUCGACGCGCAUCUCCUUUCACGAUCUGAUGACCGUGCUGGGCAAGAGCGUGAGGGAGGUAGAGAGAGCCGUGGCGCAGAGGGACAACCCUCCAGAGGCUCCGCAGUUCACCAAGGCCCUCUCCAUCAUCCUGCACCUCAUCUUCCUGCUGGAGAAGCUGGAGUGCGGCCCGGAGCAGGAGCACCAGAAGAAGCACACCGUGUACCGCCUGCUCAAGCUGAACCCUCGAGGCCGGAGCAGCUUCACCCCUCUCCACAUGGCCGUGGACAAGGAAACGACGUCCGUGGGCCGCUACCCGGUCGGCCGCUUCCCCUCGCAGGCGGUGGCCGCGCUGCUCCUGGAGUGCGGCGCGGACGUGGAUUCUCGCGACUGCGAGAACAACACGCCGCUGCACGUCGCUGCUAACAAUGGUUGUCCAGAGAUUAUGGCACUACUUAUGAAGGCCGGCGCUCACUUUGACGCGACAAAUGCACAGAGGAAGACGGCCUACGAGCUGUUGGACGAGCAGAGCAGCGGGCACCCGGCCCUCUACCCGCUGAACUACGUCACCCUCCAGUGUCUGGCGGCGCGUGCAAUUGAAAAGCACAGACUGCCCUACAGGGGACUCAUCUCUGAGGAGAUGGAGGCCUUCAUUGAGCUGCACUGACCUCUACUACUCUGCCCCGACCGGGACCCUCUGCACUACCCCUCCCGUUGUCGCCAAUACUUUACAACGACCUGUCACAAACGUCGUCCUCCACGACAUUCUCUUCAUCGUUGGUCCCUUUUGACUCCCGCUCUGUGCUCCUCGCACUACCAACAUCAUACCAGACAAACCAUAGCAAUAAAUAUCCAGCCUCUGGGUUUAUAUCUCUAGCCGAGAUCUGGCCAGUUAUCGAUUCAUUCAGACGUAGACUUUUAAAGUGACUGUUGGUUUUUCUUCUACUAUUUAAAGCUGAAGGAAAAAAAUCAACUUGAUACAUGUAUGAAUGCGGUUUUCCUUCUUUUUCUCCCUCAAAAGAAAGAAAAGAGUAACAGAAUGAUGGUGCUUGUGUGCUUGUUUUAUGGUGGCUGGACUGAAGGAGAGAUGGGUUUCAGUGUUACUGACGGGAACUAUCUGAUCAAACUAGCCAGACAACGUGCAUGAAAAUGAGGCGGGGGGGGGGUGCGAUAACUCACUUGUUUUUGCAUAUUCAUGCAGAAAAGAUGUAUUUGCACAAAGUCAAACUGACAGGCAGUUUUUGCCUUGUUCUACAUAUUCACAUAUACCGUCUGCUAUGCUUCUUUGACAGGACACGGUGUUGAAUUUGCGGUGCCAAAUGUCGGGCAUGGAGUUCCGUUCUGUUACAGACUGUAAACGGGUGGCAAAAUGAAGAGCGACUAAUUAACUUCCAAAUUUAUAAGCCAAAGUAAUUAUCUAAAGUUCACCAAACUCUUGGUUCCAGAAGAUCAGCGACUUGAGUUGUUUGAUCGGUCAGACUGUGACAGGAUUUGACAGCCUGCUGAGUCAUCAUUGGAAAGACGAUUAGAUUGUGGAUGAGUGGGAAAAAGAAAAGAAAAAAAGCUGCUAUCACAGUUUGGCUAACACUCCCCAGUCUCCACACAGGCGCUAAUAACCUAUGCAGUUUUUCAUGCAAAAAUUCACUGCACAAACAGAUUUUACAUGGGGUGGGAUUAUCCUUCAAAUCUGACAUGUUUAUCUUAAUCAUGAAUCUGGAAUCUGGGGCUGCGUUCACUAACAGUGAAUGCAUAUCUUCUGAAUUUAUGAACUAAGAAUGUGUUCUCAAGAUUUUUCUGCCUAUGUCCAAAUGAACAAGCUGGAGCCUAAACUGUGCCUGCACCCCCAUACUGGGGAAACGUCACCAUUAACAAAGACAUUCAAUUCACUAUCAAAGAAGCAGCUUCAGAAGCAGGGCGUCGUUGGUGAUGACAGCAGAGCUCACACUGCUUGUAUCUGUGGGAAGAGUCACAAGCUAACUGUUCAAAAUCCUUUUUUAAUUCUGUUUUGAAGUGGAGUUUCCAAUUAAUUUCUGAUGCAGUUCACAAAAAAAUGGAGCAGAUGGUUCUCCGGCCAUCCCUGCAUCUUAGUCUUAUUUUUAAUAGUCUCUUGUGUUGGUCUUGUGUUAUCGUCGUUGCUCUGUCCGUCUCUGCUAAGCACCACCAAGUUGAAUGCACAUCGGGAGGCUCCAUAAAUCCUUAACGGACGACUUACAUUCAGGCUCUGAACUGUUGCUGCCUUCGUCGCUCUCAGCGGAUUCGUUUGACUGAUGAUGACUCGUGAACAAAAGUGUUGCGGAGAUACUUGAAUAAAAUUCAGUAUCGCAGCAGGA